UCCCUCAUUCCCCUUCUCUCUUUCUCUCACUCCCUCCUCCCUUACUGUGAGCAGCCGGCAGCCUCCACGAGCAGCAGCAGCAGGCGUGCCUCCCCUCCCACGAGCAGCAGCAGCAGGCGUGCCUCCCCUCCACGAGCAGCCAGCAGCAGGUUACGUUGCACCCUCACAGCAGCAGCAUAAGGCUGCGUCCCUUCUCACCCACCCACGGCAGCUGAGCUGCGAAACAGCCACCAACAAACGGCCGACAGCAGCAGCCGCUCCUCUCUCUCCUAGCAGCAGCCACUCCUCUCUCUCCUAGCAGCAGCCACUCCUCUCUCUCCUAGCAGCAGCCACGGCUGCCUCCUUCGUCCGCUAACAGCAGUGGCCUGCUGUAAAGCCAUAGCACCACCGCAACACCUUUUAGUCUUCACUCCUUUUCUGCCCCAUUGUAAGCCCUCUCAAGUUUACUCUAAGUAAUCUCCCUCACAUGGUCAAACAAAAGUCAACACCUGCGAAAACUAUUUUGUUUUUUGUACUAACCGACAACGGCUCCAAAUCACAGAUUUAAAAAUUACAUACUUAUUUUUUUUAAUAAGUUAAAACUUAUCUUAUUUCGUGUAUUUUUUUUAUAAUUUAUCUUAUUCAUUUUAAUUUUUACUUAUUUCUACAUCUCAUCUGUUCAUCUUUCUCAUCUUCUCUCUCCUUCUUUGAGACACGUGAAUGGACACCAUGUGACAGAUUUCUGUCGAUGCUAUAAUUAUUCGUUAGGCAAAUGCUCGCAUACAAACCAUUAAUUUUUACGGUAUUUCUACAUCUCAUCUGUUCUUCUAACUGGUUAAAUUUCUAAUGGCAAGCCAAGAGAAGUGUUGUGUAGUUAUUGGAGGAAGAGGAUUUGCAGCUAGGCAUUUGGUUGCACGGCUGAUUCGUGAUGAAAUAUUUUGUGUCCGAAUAGCUGACUUAGGUCCCUCCAUUAAGCUUGACUCUUAUGAGGAGGGAACCCUUGGCAAAGCUUUGCAGUCUGGCCGUGCUCAAUAUGUAUCGAUUGAUCUUAGAGAUAAAGCAACAGUACUUAAAGCCUGUCAAGGAGCUCAUGUUGUCUUUCAUAUGGCUGCACCUGAUUCAUCAAUUAACAACUACAAUCUCCACUACUCUGUCAAUGUUCAAGGAACAAAGAAUGUGAUUGAGGCAUGCAUUGACUUGCAAGUAAAAAAAUUAAUCUAUACUAGUUCUCCUAGUGUAGUCUUUGAUGGGGUUCAUGAAAUUCUCAAUGGUGAUGAAUCUUUACCCUAUCCAAUGAAGCAUAAUGAUGUCUAUUCAGCCACCAAAGCUGAAGGAGAAGCGUUAGUCCUGAAGGCCAACGGUGAAAAGGGACUUCUAACUUGCUGCAUACGUCCAAGCACUAUCUUUGGCCCUGGUGACAAGUUAUUUGUUCCAUCUCUAGUUGAUGCUGCAAGGGCUGGAAAAUCCAAGUUCCUCAUCGGAGAUGGCAAUAAUAUGUAUGAUGUUACCUAUGUUGAAAAUGUUGCUCAUGCCCACAUAUGUGCUGAGCGAGCUCUUUCGUCUGAAGGGACAGUUGCAGAGGAAGCAGCAGGGCAGGCAUAUUUCAUUACAAAUAUGGAGCCAAUCAAGUUUUGGGAGUUUAUGUCACUCAUUCUUGAAGGUCUAGGUUAUUUAAGGCCAAGAAUAAAGAUUCCUGCUUUUGUUAUGAUGCCCAUUGCGUAUUUGGUUUUGUUUAUUUAUACUCUACUGGCACCUUUUGGUAUGAAAGUUCCCCAACUCACACCUUCAAGAGUCAGACUUCUUUCUCGCAGCAGAACUUUCAAUUGCUCCAAAGCAAAGGAUCGGCUAGGCUACAUUCCCAUUGUGUCACUUCAGGAGGGUAUUGAGAGAACAAUUGAGGCCUACUCUCACUUGAGAGCAGACCACCUGCCUAAAAAAGAUGGACCUUCUAAAUUGCAGAAUAAUGUUGGUAGAAAAGAAGAACAGCAGGGGCUUCUGCAGAAUAAACCGAAAGAAGCUUAAAGGGAGUAGAAAUGGAAGAAGCUGAAGGAAGGACACUGUUUAUUUCGGGAUCAGCGGGAAUUAGAGAAGGCUUAUGUGACACAUGUUCCAUAUUUCAAGAUGUUUUUGUAGGGACUGAGAAGUUUGUUAAUUUUUUGGCAACCAAAAAAUUCUGAAAAGUGAGUGACUGCCAUUGUUAUGAUUGAUGAAAGACUAACAUCAGUUUCAGUAACAGGGUUUGUAAGCCAAGAGUGGCUCAGGUAAAUGAACCUGGUAAAUUUGAAAAAAUUGAGUUUUUUUUUUAAAUACCAAAAUAACUUUGGAAAUUUUUAAUUACCAAAAUAAACGUCCUCGUGUCUUUGCCUAAGGUUAGGACAUGUUCACUAUUAGUAAUAACAAACAAGAGAAAAACAUUAAAAGUCAAAAAAAUUUAGCACGAAUUUGUUCGCCAUUACUAAUAGCGAGCUAAUUCUGUUUUUCUCUUGUUCGUUGUUAACAAGCCUUGAUUUCGGACACAAAGGCGCUUAUUGUGAGAAUUAAAAUUUUACGAAACUUAUUUUGAAUUUUUUUUUCUAAAAAAAGCUCAUUUUAUUGAAUUUUUCAUAAACCUGACUAUUUACAUACCAUUAUGUUGGAUAGUUUGUCUGGAAA